CUCGGCGUCUUCUUCACAAACCUUUGCUGAAGCACUGCUUUGCUGCACCUUCUGCAGCUUCGUCAUUGCGGACUUCUCGUCUGGAUCGACCCCAUCGCCCUAUCGCUGUGUUGCUACUACGUUUUCGCAGAUACCCUCGCGCACGGGUUUGUUCUAGAGCCUCAACAUAUUAAAUUUGCCACCAUGAGUGCAAGGCCAAUGGAAGAGGACCUAGAAAAGACGGAGGAAGAGGAAUUCUCCACUGGUCCUCUUUCUGUUCUUGCGAUGUCUGUGAAGAACAACACUCAGGUUCUCAUCAAUUGCCGAAACAACAAGAAGCUUCUAGGGCGAGUUAAGGCAUUUGAUCGCCACUGCAAUAUGGUCCUUGAAAACGUUAAGGAGAUGUGGACAGAGGUGCCCAAGACUGGUAAAGGUAAGAAGAAGGCCAAGCCCGUGAAUAAGGACCGCUUCAUCAGCAAGAUGUUUCUAAGAGGCGAAUCUGUCAUCAUCGUUCUGAGGAACCCUAAAUGAUCAACUCCCACUGCAGCCAAGUGAGGGAUUGUAGGGUCAAAGAGAGUGACUUAGAUUCACUGACUAUAUGUGCUUCUAUAUUGAAUGUUAGAUAUCUCACAAAGUUGCAUGGGUAAUGGAUGCUGAAAACUUCAUGAUUGUCUUUCCUUUAAUGCCAUAAGAGGCAUUGCCUUCGUCUCUCUCCCGCUUUUUCUCCAAAGCAACUUUUUCAAGCUGCACGUUUUGACAUACCACUACACAUUUCUGCUCUCCAGCUACACAAGUGGAGCGCGGGUGACCUUACCGGAGUAUAGCAUUUUGGACCAUGGAGUUCACCGUCAAGCUCGCUAUUUUCUUGCUCAUGGUGAUGCAUCUUCUCUUUACUGGUAGUCAUAUGUUUGCAGUCAUAGCUUUCAUAGUGGGAACAAUUCUGUGUUUGGUUUUGUGACUAAUACCUUAACACUAGUCCUUGCAAAAGUUUUCAUGUUUUAUAUGUGCAUUGUUGGCGAGUAUUUACUUCAGUGGGAUUGUCGAAGGUGACAGGUCAGGAGUGGCCCCAUGGCUUAUAGCAAGUUCAAAUAAAAUUAAGGUAAUACACGAGCUGAAGGAAUCUCUAGAGACUCUGAGAUAAGGUACUAGCUGGUUAGAGCAAUUCACUUAGAACAGCCUGAGCUCUCCAAAUACAGCUUGUGUAGUUUUUUUUUACUUGUGAACGUUACAUUUACGCACUCUCCAAGUUUGGGACAAUAGAAGAAUUACGGUACGUGGUGCUGUGGAAAUUGUCGCUUAUUUUCUAUCAUGGUGAAUAAUAUGAAUAGUCAUGAAUUUGGUUGUUUCA